UCACAGGUAAAUCCUACCAAACGUCUAAUGAGAAACUAACAACGAUGUUUCCCAUAAACAAUUUCAUAAAUAGAAAGGAAAGAAACACUAACUCAUUUUAUAAAGUCAGUAUUAUCCUGGUGCUAAAAUUGAACAGAAACACACAAAAAUUAUAAGCUUAGCUCCACAAUAAACAUGAAUGGAAAAUCUUUCAAUAAACUACUUGCAAACUGCAUUCAAAAUAAACCAAGUGGGCUUCAUUUAGGGAUGCAAGGAUGGUUAGACUUAUAUAAACCAAUACAUGAAAUAUAACUUAAGAAUAGACUCAAGGACAGAAGUCACAAGAUCAUUAUACUGUCUGCCAUCCUUUUGUGACAAAAGCAUCUGCUAACCAAAAAAAUGAAAUAGAAGAUCUCCACUUUAAAAUAAUAAAGGCUAUAUAUGAUAAAACUGUAGCUAAUAUUACAUCAAUGGAGAAAAACACAAAGCAUUUCAAAAAAGUAGGCUUGAGACAAGGGUGUCUACUUUCUAUAAUCUUGCUCAACACAGACCUUGAAAUUUUAGCAUAAGCAAGACAAGAAAAUAUAAUAAAAUUAACGCAAAUAGGAAAGGAAGAAGUCAUAUUAUCCUUAUUUGUAGAUGAUGUGAUUUUAUAUGUAAGAAACUCUAAAGCUUCUAUCAGAAAACUGAUAACUGAAUAACACAUUUCCUGAGAAGUAGCAGGAUUCAAAAUUAGCAUAGAAAAAUGAUUAGUUUUACUAUAUACCAAUAAUGAACAUGCUGAGAAAGAAAUAAUCCCAUGGGAAGCACAGUGGGUGCUCCCCAGGCAGAGCAGCUGACUCACCCCCUGAGGCCCCACCAAGAAUUCCUGAGGGUUUCCAUGGUAAUAGUAAACAAGCCUCAACUGUCUCAGCUACAACUGCCAAGUCCCGGGGUUCCACCCUCCUCUAGGUGCUCUGAGGGUCGGCAGAGGUUCCCGAUGUGAGUAGGAGCAUGGGGACAAUAAGCCCGAGGUUGAGAACAAAGAGAAGAUGCACCUGGACUUCCCCUGGAGCUCUCUGCGUUUUUGAAGCGUCAAGUGGAGUUGUGGUUCUUGCUUAUUGAAAGUAGAAGUCACUUCUGCCUCCGUGGAAAACUUGUACCUUCCAUAAGUGUUUCCUACAGAAGGCACCUGUGGUGGUUCUUUAAGCUACAAAAAAAUCGCCCAAGUUUGUGUGACAUCAGCCUUGUCAAGUGUCCAUGAUGCUGGGCCCUGACGGAGGUGAAGGCUAUGUGGUCAAACUCCGUGGCCUACCCUGGUCUUGCUCAAUUGAGGACAUACAAAACUUUCUCUCCAACUGCACAAUUCAUGAUGGGGUCGCAGGAAUUCAUUUCAUUUAUACUAGAGAAGGCAGGCAGAGUGGUGAAGCUUUUGUUGAACUUGAGUCAGAAGAUGAUGUAAAAUUGGCUCUGAAAAAAGACAGGGAAAGCAUUGGACACCGAUAUAUUGAGGUGUUCAAGUCACACAGAAUCGAGAUGGAUUGGGUGUUGAAGCACAGUGGUCCAAACAGCGACGACAGUGCCAAUGACGGCUUUGUGAGGCUUCGGGGACUCCCGUUUGGAUGCACAAAGGAAGAAAUUGUUCAGUUCUUCUCAGGGUUGGAAAUUGUGCCAAAUGGGAUCACAUUACCUGUGGACCCGGAGGGCAAGAUUACAGGGGAGGCCUUCGUUCAGUUUGCCUCACAAGAGUUAGCUGAGAAAGCUCUGGGGAAGCACAAGGAGAGAAUAGGACACAGGUAUAUCGAAGUGUUCAAGAGCAGCCAGGAGGAAGUUAGGUCAUACUCAGAUCCACCUCUGAAGUUCAUGUCUGUGCAGAGACCUGGGCCCUAUGACCGGCCUGGCACAGCCCAGAGGUACACUGGCAUUGUGAAACAGGCAGGCUUGGAUAGGAUGAGAUCUGGUGCCUAUAGUGCAGGCUAUGGGGGCUAUGAAGAAUACAGUGGCCUCAGUGAUGGCUAUGGCUUCACCACUGACCUGUUUGGGAGAGAGUUCAGCUACUGUCUCUCAGGAAUGUAUGACCACAGAUACGAAGACAACGAGUUCACAGUGCAGAGCACCACCGGCCACUGCGUCCACAUGAGAGGGCUGCCCUACAAAGCAACGGAGAAUGACAUUUACAACUUCUUCUCUCCACUCAACCCCGUGAGAGUUCAUAUUGAGAUUGGUCCUGAUGGAAGAAUGACAGGAGAAGCUGAUGUUGAGUUUGCCACCCAUGAAGAAGCAGUGGCAGCUAUGUCGAAGGACAGGGCCAACAUGCAGCACAGAUACAUAGAACUCUUCCUAAAUUCAACAACAGGGGCUAGCUACGGUGCUUAUAGCAGCCAGGUGAUGCAGGGCAUGGGAGUGUCAGCUGCCCAGGAGACUUACAGUGGCCCGGAGAGCCAGUCAAUGAGUGACUGUUAUGGGGCCGGCUACAGUGGUCAGAAUAGCAUGGGUGGAUUUGACUAGUAUUGUAGAAGCAUUUGAGUUAUUUCGAUCAAAAUUUCACAGGCAGCCAAUAAGCAGUUAAGAGCAGUUUAUAACUCUAGAGGAAGCUGGGAGACCCACAUUGUACCAUGAGUUUGUGAAAUCUGCAUUAAAAAAUUACCUCUUCAGUGUUUCUCUUGCAAACUUUUCUUCUAGCAUGUAAUAUUGAGUAAACUAAAACUAUUUUCUUCUGCUUUUCUCAAUUAACAUUUUUGGUAGUAUACUUCAGGAGUGAUGGUAUCUGAGUUGAGUAGUUUUAAGUAUGCUGAGUGGAUCUUAAAGCACACCACAGUGAACACACUGGGGACAUGUACUUUUCUGGAGAACUCAAAGGUGCUAGAUCCCUGAUGCAAAGGGAAGCAUUUCUCAUGUUCGUUCUAGUUUAUAUUUUCAUUUAAAUCUUUAAGUUAAGUUUAAGUUUUUUAA